GGCGGCGCGCCGGCGCGGCUUCCGGGCAGUGUGCCGGGGCCAGCGGGGCGGGAGGCCGAGCGCUUCCCGGGCCGGCGCCGCCAUGGAGACUCUUUACCGGGUCCCGUUCCUGGUGCUCGAGUGCCCCAACCUGAAGCUCAAGAAGCCGCCCUGGGUGCACAUGCCGUCGGCUAUGACGGUGUACGCGUUGGUGGUGGUGUCCUACUUCCUCAUCACCGGAGGAAUAAUAUAUGAUGUUAUUGUUGAACCUCCAAGUGUAGGCUCUAUGACCGAUGAACACGGGCACCAGAGACCAGUAGCUUUCUUGGCCUACAGGGUAAAUGGACAGUAUAUUAUGGAAGGACUCGCGUCCAGCUUCCUGUUUACAAUGGGCGGUUUAGGCUUCAUAAUCCUGGACCGCUCCAACGCCCCCAACAUUCCAAAGCUCAAUAGGUUCCUUCUCCUGUUCAUCGGCUUUGUCUGUGUCCUGUUGAGUUUUUUCAUGGCGCGAGUGUUCAUGAGGAUGAAGCUGCCGGGUUACCUGAUGGGUUAGAGUGCCUUGAGAAGAAUCAGUGGAUACCGGGUUUGCUCCUGUGAUGAAGCUUAAAGGCGGCACCAAUCUUCUGAGAAAAAGACGGGAUGGAAGCAGAGGGAAGCAGCUGGCGAGAGCAGCGAGGGGUGGGCGGCUGGCGGGGUGUGGGCCCCGCUUGCUCGUCAUGGCUCCUGCCGACCCUGCCCACAGCCCACAGUGUUCAGUAGUUUUUCCUUUUUUAAAGAAAUCACACUUGAUUCUGCAGCUGUCCUAUUGAAUAAAGUGAUGGUUUUUUACAAUCCCCGGAAUGCUUUUUUGGAGAUGCCGUUUCUGAUUCUGGGAAACAAACGAGUUCUAAAGUCAGGUGCAAGUGCCCAUCAGCAGAGAGGCCUGCGCCUGCCCUGAGCCAUGUGACAGUGUGCCCUGGGGCUGUGGGCGGAGCAUUCUGGAACAGUCCAGUCCCUGAAAGGAGCAGAAAUAAACAAGUUU